AUGGCCAAACCACUACUAGAUCCCGAGAAAUUCUAUCUUGUUCGAGGCUCUCAAAAUAUUAAAGCAGAUGAAAUGAAUUAUUAUAAUUUAAUGGACUAUUAUAAACUACAACCAGAGCUUCAAAAGAUGGCAGAAACAACUUUACCAAGUACUUAUCAUCAUUUACUUCGUGGAGUGGGCGAGACGCAAGAUUUGAUGAUGUCGAAGAAGAUUAAAGGAGAUCUCAUGGCACUUUUAGACGGUGUACCAUUUGAUCGUCCAAUUGAGUUAUUACCUGAGAAUGUAGUAAAGAGUGCACUACAAUUACCUACGGGGAAUAAGAGAGGUCCUAUCCUCCAUCCACUUCAUAGUCAAAAGAUACCGGGAUUAAUUCAUGCACCACCUCCAACUGGUACUGAACGAGCUGUUUAUGCAGAGAAACAAAAGAAUCGAUCCAAAGAUGAUAAAGACCGGAAGGAGAAGAAGGAGAAGAAACGAAAGAAACGAGACAAAGAAGACGCUUUGAUGCUACAAAAGCUGUUGGCUCCUCUUGUAGCUGAGUUACGAGCACUUACAUGGACAGGAUGGACUGUCAGUGGUAAACCGGGGAAUCCCUUUGUACAGAAAUUUACAAAAGAGAAUUGCAAGCGUCUUGGUGUACCCAAUUACUUUGACUAUGUGAAGAACCCGAUGGACUUGACAAGAAUGAAGGAAAAGGUAGAGCAUGCAGAAUACACCAAGAUUGACCAGUUGACGACUGACAUUAAGCUGAUGGCUGCAAAUGCUAAAACAUUCAACCGUGUGGGCGAACCGGUCCACCAAAUGGCUAUUGAGAUUGAACAGCUCUACGAGUCCAAGUUGGCUGGGUACAAGAAGAUGUUUGACGAGUUGCAACAGGAGCGCAAAAAGCGAAAGAAAGACAAGAAGAAACGCAAAGAGAAAAAGAAAGAAAAGUGA